GCCCGCGCCCCGCCAUGGAGGACCUGGAUGCUCUGCUUUCUGACCUGGAGACCACUACCUCACACAUGCCAAGGUCAGGGGCUGCAAAAGAGCGACCCCCAGAGCCGCUCACGCCUCCCCUGCCCUAUGACCACCAGACACAGACAGGGUCUGGGGAGUCUUUGGGAGCAUCUGGGGACAAAGACCAUCUGUACAGUACGGUAUGCAAGCCUCGGUCCCCGAAGCCUGCGGCCUCUGCGGCCCCUCCAUUCUCCUCUUCCAGUGGUGUCUUGGGCACUGGGCUCUGUGAGCUAGAUCGAUUGCUCCAGGAACUUAAUGCAACCCAAUUCAACAUCACAGAUGAAAUAAUGUCUCAGUUCCCAUCUACCAAGGCGGCUGCAGGGGAGCAGAAGGAGGACCAAUCUGAGGACAAAAAAAGGCCCAAUAUCCCUCCCAGCCCAUCCCCUGUCCCUGCAAAGCCUUCGGCCACCUCAGCCACCCUGGAGCUGGAUAGACUCAUGGCCUCACUCUCUGACUUCCGUGUCCAGAACCAUCUUCCAGCCUCUGGGCCAACACAGCCUCCAGUGCCAAGCUCCGUGAACGAGGGCUCCCCAUCCCCACCAGAGCCAACCAGUAAGGGCAGCCUAGACACCAUGCUGGGGCUGCUGCAGUCGGACCUCAGCCGCCGUGGUGUUCCCACCCAGGCCAAGGGCCUCUGCGGCUCCUGCAAUAAACCCAUUGCUGGGCAAGUGGUGACGGCGCUGGGCCGCGCCUGGCACCCGGAGCACUUCGUUUGUGGUGGCUGUUCCACGGCCUUAGGAGGCAGCAGCUUCUUUGAGAAGGACGGAGCCCCCUUUUGCCCCGAGUGCUACUUUGAGCGCUUCUCACCAAGAUGUGGCCUCUGCAACCAACCCAUCCAACACAAGAUGGUUACCGCCUUGGGCACCCAUUGGCACCCGGAGCAUUUCUGCUGCGUCAGUUGCAGGGAGCCCUUCGGGGAUGAGGGUUUCCACGAGCGCGACGGCCGCCCCUACUGUCGCAGGGACUUCCUGCAACUGUUCGCCCCGCGUUGCCAGGGCUGCCAAGGCCCCAUUCUGGAUAACUACAUCUCGGCGCUCAGCGCGCUCUGGCACCCAGACUGCUUUGUCUGCAGGGAAUGCUUCGCGCCCUUCUCAGGAGGCAGCUUUUUCGAGCACGAGGGUCGCCCGCUGUGUGAGAACCAUUUUCAUGCGCGGCGCGGCUCGCUGUGCGCCACAUGUGGCCUCCCAGUCACGGGUCGCUGCGUGUCGGCCCUGGGCCGCCGCUUCCACCCGGACCACUUCACCUGCACCUUCUGCCUGCGUCCGCUCACCAAAGGCUCCUUCCAGGAGCGCGCCGGCAAGCCCUACUGCCAGCCCUGCUUUCUCAAGCUCUUCGGCUGACCGCCCACGAGGCUCUUGGGUCCGGGGGCCAAGCUCCCACAGACCCCGCCCUUCGCGGGUGCCACGUCCUCCAGACCCCAAGGCCCUGCUCUUUGAGCUGGGGUCGCCCCUAAACCCGUCUGUAAGGCCUCACCCACUGGAGAGACCCCGCCCCUAAGGUACUCUUGCAUUCUGUCAAGCUCAGAAGAGGCUCCGCCAAGCCUAAGGCCAUACAUCCUGGAAGUGGGUCGUACACUGAAGAUAGAUUCCUCGUGAGCCCUUCACUCUAUUCCCGCCCUUGUGGGAGCCCCCGACAGAGGGUGGGGGAGUUUGCAAUUCCGACGAAUCAGAGUCCAGGACGGGACGUCCCUGCUCCCUCACCGUUUUGUGCACCUUUUUCUACCUACAUAAACACCUUC